GUUGCGCGCGCCUAUUGGAUGUUUACUGAAGCCUGCAUGAAAGCGAUCGAGUCAUCGUCAUCAACAUAAUUCAUUCUCGUUCUCUCAACCUUGACAGUAAGACAGUUUUAUAGUAGCAAUUAUUCAAUAAACAGAUGAGCUCUUAUUUUGUGAAUUCUUUGUCGACGUGCUAUGGACAAACCGCGGGCUUGGAUAACUAUUCCGAUGGAAAUAUUUACCGGAACGUGAAUUACCCUCCCUCGGGCGCCGUGUACCCGGCGUUCGCUGGCGCGCGGUACUCCUAUGUUUCGAAACAGGAGCGUCUGGACGAUCAGAAUGGCGACUACUACGGCUCGUCGAGGCUGAGUCACCUUCCGCCGGCAAGUCCCUGUUCGUCGCCGCAGAAUCUGCACAUAGGAUCUCAUAACAUACAAAAUGUUCACCCUAUACAUUCAACAGACCGAUCUAGUUGUAGUGUUCGUUCUUCGAAUUCAAACGGUGGCUUCUACCCGAACGGGCAGCUCCGGGGCGUUACCGGCGGUGGUGGGACGCCGGUAGGGGGCAGCGGCGGGCUUGAGGAGAGUCGCACGCCGCCUCAGCAACACACGCCGCCGACUCCGACACAUUCACAAACUCACGGACAGCCUCAAAACUCCCCCGGAGAACAAAACUACGCGCCAACACAUAUAUACCCGUGGAUGCGGCGAAUGCAAUACAGCCAAGGCAAAAAGGCAGAAAGCUUUCCCACACGAGGAAUAGAAAAUGACGAGGAAAGCAACGACGGCGAAUCAAAGAGGUCACGAACAUCGUACACACGACACCAAACGCUGGAACUCGAAAAAGAAUUUCACUUUAACAAAUACUUAACGCGACGAAGACGAAUAGAAAUAGCUCACGCUUUGAACUUGACUGAGCGGCAAAUCAAAAUCUGGUUUCAGAAUCGGAGAAUGAAAUGGAAGAAAGAACACAAGCUUCCUCACAUAGCCAAAAACAUGAACAUCUGUAACGCGCUGGAAAAGGCGGCGCAAGAACGCGCAAAGGAGGCGGCGGCCCAGGCGGCGGCAGCGGCUCAGCAACACAUGUGACUAGCGUGCAAUCUAUAAUACCAUAAAUACAAUUUUGAACAAAUUACACAUAUUUGUGCUGGGCAAUUUAUUGUCAAGGUCGCGCUAGACGUGUUCAUACAGAAAUUGGCGACCUAUUUUCAGCAUCCCAUCUAUAACCACGUUGCUUCCGAGUGUGACCGCUGGGGCAGAUAUUCGCAGAGAACCACAUUGUGGUGGGAGUGCCACAAUCUUUGGCCGGUGUGAUUGUGUUGAUGGGAGAUUAUCUUGUUAAGGUCAAAUUCGUUGCCAUCUCAUUGCGGAACCAUUCACUACAACUGCCAAAAAUGACUCAAUUAGUAUUGAACAACUAACGUAAAUUGCAACAGUCAGUUAACUGAAAUGUGUCAAUUGUUGAUUGUUACUCUAGAACACGCCAAAACGAUAAGACGCUUGCGAAGACAGUAGAUCUAAAGCAUAUACGAGCCUU